CCCGAGGCUCCCGUGCCGAGAACCGAAGUGGCCGACGACAACUUUGAGAACUUCCACUUUCCGAUCUCGUCGACGCCGGCUCUCUUGUUGUGCAGGGAGCGGAGUCCGUCAACCCAAGCCAGCAUGGCGCCAAAGACACCGCUACCGCCCGUACCGACGGUCGCAGAGACCUUGAAGCAUCCUGCCUAUCCGACGGCGACAUGGAACCUCGAGCCGGACCGCAAGGGUCUGGUGCCGGUCGCCGAAGGCCGCGGCGGUCCCUUCAACAUGUCCUGGGAGAUCCAUGGCGUCGGGCCAAUCAGGCUUAUUCUCAUCAUGGGCCUCGGCGGAUUUAGGACGGCCUGGCAGCGGCAGACGCUACACUUUGGCCACGAGCGGCGGGACCGGUACUCUGUCCUGCUGAUCGACAACCGCGGCAUGGGCGACAGCGACAAGCCGCUCAUGCGCUACAGCACCAGCGAGAUGGCCCUCGACAUCGUCGAGGUGCUGGCCAGUCCGGACGUCGGCUGGCUGCCCUCGUCUUACCCGCUGCCGCCUUCGCCUCCCGCUCCCGCUCCCGCUCCCGCUCCCGAGCGGACCCUGCACGUGGUCGGCAUCUCGCUCGGCGGCAUGAUCGCCCAGGAGCUCGCCGUCGUCCUGGCCGAGUACCUCUCGAGCCUGUCGCUCAUCUGCACCGCCGCCGUGGUCGAGAACACGGCCUCCUUCGCCGAGCACAUGGCCCAGCGCGCCUCCCUGAUCCUGCCCAAGUCGGUCGACCGCUCCGUCGCCGACGCCGCCCGCCGCAUCUUCGCCCCGUCCUGGCUCGCCCUCCCGGACGACGUCCGCCUGCCCGACCCGGCCACGACUCCCAAGUGCAAACCCCCCCGGGCCGCCGCCGCCGAGGGCGGGAGCGGGAGCGGGAGCGGGAGUGGAAACGGCGGCGAGGGCGAGGGCGGGGGCCGGUACCUCAAGUUCGAGACCAACGCGCAGCGGUUCGUCGCGCAGGAGCUGCACAAGCGCCUCGACCCGGCCGGCCGCUUCACCCUCAAGGGCUUCCUGCUGCAGCUGAUCGCGGCCGGGUGGCACCGCAAGACGCCCGCCCAGCUGGCCGCCAUGGCGGACCGCGUCGGCCGCGACCGGAUCCUCGUCAUGCACGGCACCGAGGACGGCAUGAUCAGCGUGCCGCACGGCCGGAAGCUGAUCGACUACGUGCGGCCGGCCAAGGGAAUCAUUGUGGAAGGCAUGGGGCACGCGCCCCUGGUGGAGAGGUGGGAAUGGUUCAACCAAGUCAUAGAGGAGCAGUGUCUGCUGGGAGAGCGCUUGGAUGGGAGGGCGUAAAAUGUGUGUUUGGAUAUAACCAAGGGGGGGAGGAGGAGGAGUUCUUGGGUUGAUGAGCAACGUUGAUGUCGAUAUAAAACGAGGUCUUCCUGCUUUCUUUCUGUUUCGGGGGACCCCAUUCGAGCGAUUGGAUAAAUCAGAGUA